AUGCCUUUUUCCAUUGUUAAUGUUACUUUUAAUGAAUAUUAUUCAGAUAUUCCACAAGAAUUGAUUGAAAAUAUGUUAAAAAACGCUGAAUGCAAUUUACCUGGUAAAUUAGAAUUAAAGCUAGAACCAAAUAGAAAAUUAAUUCAAAAAGGACCAUAUAUUCUUCCUCCUAUUAGAUGGGUUAAUAGUUUUGAAAGAAAUGCUGAAUUUGAUAUAACAUGUGAUGUAAAAUAA